GUCACGGUACCGAGGAGUGCGUUCGUGAUACAGCGAGACAGGUGUUCUUGACAGCUCGCCGUCGCCGUGACGGCGUCGUCGGCGACUCGCGAAACGCGAGUUCAGUGACGGUGUCAUCGAGUACGCAGGGAUCGGACGAGGAAUCGUCACGACUCCGAAUAGAUUCGUCGAGCGAUAAUAAUUCUGCGAUCUCCUCUUCGCGACUCUUCGCAUCUCUAGUUCUUUCUCUCUCGCACGCGGGAGACCUUCGGACUGAAGACUGCCGCGAAUACCUACGUUUCCCUUUCAUCGCGCCGCGAAUUUCGAACAACACUUUGGCUAGAUUCGUGUCUCUCCCUUUCCCGUUCCACCCCCUCAUCCAUCGUCGGUCGUAUUCCGCGGCCUGUGCUGCGCGAGCUUAGGACAUGUACAGCAUGAACUAUAUCGCCAAGAUCAUCAGCAAUUUCCGCCUCUUCUACAACGAGAUCAACGCCGCGACGCUCACUGGCGCGAUCGAUGUCAUCGUCAUCGAGCAACCGGACGGCUCCUUCACGUGCUCGCCCUUCCAUGUCCGCUUCGGCAAACUCGGCGUACUCCGUUCCAGAGCGAAAGUGGUGGACAUUGAGAUAAAUGGAGAACCCAGGGAAAUUCAUAUGAAACUUGGAGAUUCUGGCGAAGCAUUCUUUGUAGAAGAAGUUAGCUCAAAUGGGUCUCCGACGGACACCGAAAUCCCACCGCAUUUGGCCUGUUCGCCCAUACCCGACAAUUGUUUCCCACCGCCGAAAUUUAAUUUGUUGUCAGAUUUGCCUCAGGAGCAGAGAGAGAAGAUUCUCAUAGACUCAGUUCUAUCCAUAGAACGAGAGAAAUGGGAGCAGAUGUCCGCCUUGCCACCUGAUCAACGGGAGAAGUUUCUGAUUGAACAAUUCUCAGAUCUUCCCGCGGAACAUCGUGAGAAAUGGCUUCAGAUUGCUUCAUUGACUGUAGAAGAACGAGACGAAAUGUUCAAGGAAAGCUUCGGCACCAUAUCUCCAGAGCAGAAGCAGCAGAUGAUCAGGGAACAGUAUUCCGCUUUGAAGACAGAGGACAAAGAGAGAUUGUUCAAGGAGAAUUUUCCAGAGCUUUCGAUCGAGCAAAGACAAAAUUUCGAAAAAGCUUUAUUGAGUGACUGGAAGGAAAAAGAGGAAAAAUGGGAGGAGAAACACGACAAGAAUGAUGACGAGGAGAUAUUUGAUAUGGAUGCUAUCAGUGAUGAGCAGCCGAAAUCAAUGAUUUCUUGUCCGAAAUCUUUCGUGGCUGUUACUUCCUCCGAGAGAAUUCGUAAAAUAAGCGUGGUGAAAAAUGAUUUUAGGCCGAUUACAGAUGAUCCUCAAAGCAUUAAUAAGGAAAAAUCUAGUGACGAAUCAAACUCUUCCACGGGCAAGAAGAAUUUGAAGGAAGAGAAUGUUGAUGAGAAUAAGAGUAACAAUUCGACUAAGAGGAAACGUAAGAGGAAGAGUAUUAUGAAGAAGAAAGGCUCGCAGAGGAAAACAAGCAAUGGCAAUAUCAGUCAGACAGAAUUGAGUGAGGCUGAUGCAGUUUUUACCGAGGAGUCAAUUAGCGAAACGAUAUUUAAGGGCCCCCCUCCAAUGGCAGAGGAGGAAAAGAAUACCGUUGCGGAAUCAGCGACAUCCUCCCAGGACGUAAUUGAGAAACGACCUGAAACCGAUUUCCACUUCUUUAGUGACUCAGAAGUUACUAAAAAUAAGGACUCCAGACCAUGUUCGCCUGUUCAAUCGGAUACAGAAUUUGAAGUACGUAAAAUUACUCAAGAGGGGAGCGAGAGAGAAGAUGACAAGGGUCAUCAGCAGAGUUGGAGAUGGGGUGAAUUGCCCAGUCCACCUCCGGAGCCGGCGCACAUGUCGCAUAGGAAUUCGUUGAAUUCUUUGGCAACUGCUAGUCAGCCAAAUAAAGAUGCACAACGAUCUAUGCUCAGUGGCAUGUUCUCCUUUAUGAAGAAGACUUCUCGCGUAAGACAUAAUCCGGAAUCGGAAGGAAUUUAUCUUAGCGAUCUUAAUGCCGACGAACUGGACCCCGAAGUUGCGGCUUUGUACUUUCCCUCCUCACAUCGAGGCCCGACAAUGGUUAAAGAUGGAAAAACGGUGGAUGAAGAAGAUACAGAAUCGGGUAACGGACCGAGUUUACCUCAGAGCCCUAACAGUGUUGAAGGAGCUAUCGGUGGACCAAAGUCUUUGGAUAGCGACUUCGAGGAACCAAAGCAUUCUAUAUUCGAUAAUAGCAUAGAAAUAAGUUUAUCUCUAUGCGGUGGUUUGGACAGUGAGAAUGGACCGUCCAAGGAAGCUUUUAACGAAAACUUACUGCACUUUGAGGACGUUUGUACCGAUCCAAAAUUAUACGAGAAUCCGAAUUUGGUCGUGAAAAUCAAUGGGAAAUUCUACAAUUGGACUACAGCUUGUCGGAUAGUAUUGACCUAUGUUGUUUUCCAAAGACAUUUACCGCAAAGCGUAAUCGAAAAUCUGUACAUGUUGCCGGUGCAUGAAGAUAAGAAGCGACAGAGCAGCGAUAAGUCCGAAAGUCGUAGUGGAUACAGUUCAUGGUUCUCUUGGAGGCGUUCCACGCAACCUUCUAAAAAACCGCAGGAUACUAGUCAAAACGACGAAAUUGCUGUGCAAACACCUGAUCAAUCUGUAGAAGUUAAGACUGUGACAAACGAUGAAUUACCUUCGGCUAACAGGGAAAUAAAGACUGAGCAAAACACAGAUUCGUCAAGCUCAACGGAGAUAAUGGAAAUAAUAUCUUGUACAAGAUUGCCAACUGCAUCGAAUGAAACUACACUUACAGAGACUGAGAAAACGCGUGAGGGAGAAGGCGAAGGAUACAGCGGCGGUGAGGAUUCUGACAGUAACCACAACGAACCAGCAGGUGUUAAGAUACCUGUGGAAAGAAGACCGUACUACGAGUCCACGGAAAAGUAUCGUAAAACUCUGCGACUGUCGUCCGAACAGAUAGCGAGUCUUGAUCUGAAGGACGGCGCUAACGAAGUAGUCUUUAGCGUAACCACCGCUUACCAGGGUACGAAACGUUGCAAAUGCCAUAUCUACAAGUGGAAGUGGGACGAUAAAAUCGUUAUUUCUGAUAUCGAUGGCACCAUUACGAAAUCCGAUGUGCUGGGUCACAUCCUACCAAUAGUAGGCAAGGACUGGGCUCAAUCCGGGGUCGCUCAACUAUUUACGAAGAUAAAAAAUAACGGUUACAAACUAUUAUACCUCUCAGCGAGAGCAAUCGGCCAGGCUGGUGGAACUCGGGAAUAUCUGAGGAACUUGAGACAAGGGGAUCUGACCCUGCCAGAAGGCCCGUUACUUUUGAAUCCUACGAGUUUGAUCCUAGCAUUUCAUCGCGAGGUGAUAGAGAAGAAACCGGAAGAAUUCAAGAUAUCCUGUUUGAAAGAUAUUCAGGCAUUAUUCCCUGAAGGAUCUGAGCCAUUUUACGCUGGAUAUGGAAAUCGCAUAAAUGACGUGUGGGCGUAUCGAGCAGUAGGCAUUCCUAUAAUGCGGAUCUUUACCAUAAACCAUCGAGGAGAAUUGAAGCACGAAUUGACACAGACAUUCCAAUCUUCAUAUUCGAACAUGAGCUUUAUCGUCGACCAAGUAUUUCCAGCACGGCGAGAAGACGCAACCGAUGAAUUUAGUAAUUUUGCGUACUGGCGAGAUCCGAUACCGGAAGUACCGAAACUCGAGGAGCUUUACACUCAAGCUCUAAUUACCUAAGAAACUGUCUUUGUUCUAUAACCGUCAUUUGCUUGGACUACGAACGAUGAUUAUCAUAUUUAACUAACUUUUAUACUCUGUGCGUUGAUCGUAGUGACUUUGACUGGUGUGAUUGUCUAAUAUAAUACAUCAGGAAAAGUUAAUGUGAGCAUUUAACGCUUUUUUCAUAUUGGAUUUGUUAUUUAGAUAUUAAAUAAUUUGUGGAAAGAUCCAGAA